CCGAUGGCUGCAAACUUAAGCUAUGAUAAAAUGCCUUCCCCGCAGUAACGUCGAAAACUAGGAGUUCUUAGCAAGAUUUAGGGUUUUGGUAACUCGAUCUCUCCACCUUUCUCUGUUCUUGAAAUCACAACAAGUUUCAAGCUGAUAUCAGAAUGGCGGUUGAUGGAAAUUCGUUCGAAGUCACUCCCGAGACAGAGACAUUUCUUUGUGAGCGAUUAUUGGACCAAACGCAGCCAAUUUCGGAGCGGUUUAGAGUCCUAUUCUCCCUCCGGAAUCUUCGAGGCCCUGCCCCUCGCAAUGCUCUGAUCCUGGCAACAAAAGAUUCUUCAAACCUAUUAGCACAUGAGGCUGCCUUUGCUUUGGGUCAAAUGCAAGAUGCAGAUGCUAUUCCUGCUUUGAAGCUUGUUCUUAAUGAUCUUUCUUUGCAUCCUAUUGUACGCCAUGAGGCUGCAGAAGCUCUUGGUGCCAUUGGUUUAGAGAGUAAUAUUCCUCUUCUGAAAGACAGUUUGGAUUCAGAUCCAGCACAAGAGGUUAGAGAGACAUGUGAGUUGGCUCUUGCUCGAAUUCAGGAGCUUAAAAAUGUUGGUGACACUGACACCCAUCAAUCACCAUUUCUUUCUGUUGAUCCAGCUGCACCUGCUUCUUGCUCUUCUGUACAUGAUCUAAGGGAAGUGAUUUUAGAUGAAGAAAAGGGGAUGUACGAGAGAUAUUCAGCUCUUUUUGGACUCCGGAAUCAUGGAGGUGAUGAAGCAGUUGCUGCCAUAGUAGAAUCUUUGAAUGCAAAAAGUGCUUUGUUGCGACAUGAGGUUGCAUAUGUGUUGGGGCAAUUGCAAAACAAAUAUGCUUCAGAUGCACUCUCCAGGGUACUUAAGGAUGUGAAUGAGCAUCCAAUGGUUAGACAUGAAGCUGCUGAGGCCCUUGGCUCUAUUGCAGAUGAGGAGUGUAUCUCUCUACUUGAGGAAUUUUCCAAGGAUCCAGAGCCCAUUGUUUCACAGAGCUGUGAAGUUGCUUUAUGCAUGCUGGAAUUUGAACGUUCUGGCAAAUCAUUUGAGUACCUGUUUAUGCAGGCACCUCAAUUGCAGGAGGCAGCAUAAUGAAUGGUAUUUGAGUUGAUUGUAGUUUUCUGAGAUAUCUAUUGAGCUAUUGUCAUCAUUGAUGGGAUGGGAUGGGAUGUCUUCAUUCUCUAAACUUUAAACCAAACAAACACCUGUAUGACAAUAUGAUAUGACUUUAUACAGACAGGUAGGUUUGUCUAGAAUAUGAUAACAUGCAAUCUCAAACAUUUUUCUUAUUUCAUUAUUACAUAUUUUAGCUGUAAUACCCAGAAAGAAAACUGAAGGUAUCUUUCUUUGUACAUAUUUAUUUGGGAAAUUUGCAGAAAAUAGCACGUGCUUUACUCA